UGACAGGUGGACACAGGAGAGCGCGCGUCGCGCCGGUGACGUCGCGGCCGGUUCUCCGCCAUCUUAGUUGUGGACAGAGAAGCAGCAACCUCGGAGGAGCCGAGGCGGUGCGGCUGUCUAAAUGCUGAGGCUCGGCAGGCGUGGGCUCUGGCUGGGCCUGGCCGCGGCAGCGGCGGCGGCGGCGGCCUCACGGCUGAUGGGCUGGUGGAGUCCCCGCGCUGACUUUCGCCUUUUCAUACCCGAGGAGCUGGCCCGCUAUCGAGGCCGCCCUGGGGACCCGGGCCUCUACUUGGCCUUGCUCGGACGCGUCUAUGAUGUGUCCUCUGGCCGGAGGCACUACGAGCCUGGGGCCCACUAUAGCGGCUUCGCAGGCCGAGACGCAUCCAGAGCGUUUGUGACCGGGGACUACUCUGAAGGAGGCCUUGUGGAUGAUGUAUCUGACCUGUCAUUUUCUGAGAUGCUGACACUCCAAAGUUGGCUUUCAUUCUAUGAGAAGAAUUAUGAAUUCAUCGGGAGGGUGACAGGAAGGUUCUACGGAGAGGAUGGGCUACCUACUCCAGAACUGACCCAGGCAGAAGCCAUGAUCACCAAAGGCUUGGAGGCAAAUAAACAGGAACUGAAAGAGAAGCAGAAGUUUCCACCAUGCAAUGCUGAGUGGAGCUCAACCAGGGGCAGCCGGUUCUGGUGCUCCCAGAGGAGUGGAGGUGUGAGCAGAGACUGGAUUGGCGUCCCCAGGAAGCUGUUUAAGCCAGGUGCCAAGGAGCCCCACUGCGUGUGUGUGAGAACAAGUGGCCCCCCUAGUGACCAGACGCCGGACCACCCUACGCACAGAAAUCGUGGGGACUUGGACCACCCCAACUUGGAGGAAUACACAGGCUGCCCACCCCUAGCCAUCACAUGCUGUGUCCCCCUCUGAGCCGGUACCCUGUAUGUCCAUAACCCACAGGGGACCCUCACCUGCCUUUCCCUAACGGGCCCUUGACUCCUGCGCCCUAGGAUGGCUCCUACAUGAAACAAGAGGGCCUGGAAGGACUGCACCACGCUCUGCAGACAGGACUCAUGCCCCUCCCCAUGGGCUCACCAUUUGGUGACUGAGGCCAGCGCCUGGCAACCUGCACAGUACUGGUCGGCCUGUUUUUGCCACUGCUCCCCUAGAUCUCCUCACCAUCAUCCUUUGGAGUUCGCCGGUAUUAAUGGGCACAAAUUUGACCAACUCAAAACUAACUGGACAGACACGCAGAAGGGCUCUGAGCUCCAACAGCUUCCUUCCCACGGACUCCCAGGCUGCCCAGAUCAGCUGCCGGCCUGGGCCCUGCUUGUAACUCCCACCCUGGUCAGGACAUCGGGGGCUACAUCAUUCCCUUACAACUCAGAAACAAGUAGACACAUCCAGAAAAGCCGUAUGAACUAACAGUGUCAACACAACCCUGUUCCGGUUCCCCACUUGCUAAUGUGAGCCCUGACUUUUACAACCUUUCUUGAAAAUAAGACCUCUGUCCUAAGGCAAACUUGAAUUUAUCAAUACAACCAAAAGCCACAUUGAGUUAAUUCGACCUGGACCAAUAUAGUGAGAGGUGACAAUAAAACAGGAUAGGCUAAUUCUGGAAAUGGAAAAGUUUUUGCUUACAGGGAUGCAGCAAAUCCAGAUGCCUCUGAACAAAGCAACAAUUUAAAGCAAGGGUACUGUUUCUCUUUCAAACACUUAAAAUUAGGGGUGAUGUGUUUUCAAAGGGAGAAGUCUGCAUUUUGAGCAAAAGGUAGUUUCACAGCUCUAACACGGACACUGGCUAGCGCAACAUCAAAGUUUGGGCAAGGCUGCAAGUGCCAAUACAAACAGCCUCAAUAGUGGGUGGUGUGUCCAGGGUCGUCUGUAAUCUCCCACACUGGACCAAGUUCAUACCCGUUACCUCCUGGGUUCUAGUUAAGCUCGUGGGGGCAAGGAGUUCCUACCUUACAGGUAAGGAAACGAAUCUGGAGCGAUUACAGGUUCAUGGUCUCCCCAUCUGCGCCUCCACCUCAACUUCUCCCAAUCCCCUCAGCUGUUAAUCUAAACACUCUCUGUCCUCCCUUUUUGGUCGUUUUUCCUCUCCUUUAUCAUUAAUCUCACUUAAUAGCUUUCCAGAUUCACGGACUAGAAAACGGAGGCUGCCUGCCCUGAACUGGCGUGGCUCGCUGCCCUUUGGCCACAGCUGCUCUUUUGCCACCCAGGAUCUUCCUCACCUGCCUUUCCAGUACCUUUAACCUCAUCCAGCCUCCUGGCUCUUCCCUCUAAGUCUGCAUUCAACAGCUCACUUCCCUUCCCUCCUGCCCCAUCCUUCUGAGGCCCUGUCCCUACUUCCCGUCCCAGCAAAGCUUUGGAAAACGCUGCAUGUGCUCAGUCUUUGCUCCUCAGCCCCCAUUUGCUUGCAACACAGUCGCCCAGCUUCGCCCUUCCCUGCUCCACAGCAGGGUAAAUUCUGUACUGGCAAACCCACGGCCACAUUCAAUUAUUACCUACCCGGACCGGUCACAUUUGAGGGCCCUCGUGAAAGCCUCCCUUGGCUUUUUCCUCAUUUCCCUUAUCUCCCUCGGGGGUUCCUUCCAGCCUCCUGGAAAGCCUCUCCUCCACACGCCUUCCCACCAGCUCCUCUCACUCCUGCAUCAGCUGCCAAGCCUGUCAUCUCGUCCAGGCGGCUUUCCUGACCAUUUCUGCAGGCACCGCAGACUCCACAGUUCUGGCAUUUAGUCUUCAUCUUCUCCCUGGUGAUUCUUCUAGUUCCCCUGGAUGGUUCCACCAUCGCCAUCUUAAAGCACCCAGUCACACCAAGUAAGAAUCCUGGCCAUCAUCCCCAGCCCCUUCCCUCCUGAGCCCCUCCUCCCGACCAGUCUCCAGGUCCUGGCAAUCCCACCCCCUUACCUGUUCAGUACUCCUCCUCCGGUUGAGGCCUUCCUUUCUCACCUGAUCUAACUGCACUCCCUGCAGCCCAUCCUCCACACUGCCAAGCCAUCCCCGUGAUGUUCAGGGCAUUCUCCGUUUAAACCUCUUCAGUGGCUCCCUUAUCUGUAAGGAUCAGUUGCUAACUCUUCAGCGACACACGAUGACCUUCUAGGGUCCGUCUCCUCUUAGCCUCUGUAUCUCUGCCACCACCUCCCACGUGCACUGAUCCCUCCAGCCUUCACCUCGCUGCUUUAUGCCUGCAACACCUUCACCCAGGCUGUCCCUUCUGCCUGGAAUGACACGUCUUCUUCUCAAUUUUUCUACCUCUUAUCCCUUAAUAACUUAGCUCAAUCAACUGGGAGGCUUCAUUAACCACUGGCCCACCAGUGGAUUUAGAUGCACUUUCCUCUAGGAAAAUAAUACUGUGUUCACUUCUAAAAUAACAAAUGUCAGUGUCCCGUAACUAUGAAUUUCCUAUCAGCCUCUCGCAUUGGACUGCAGACUCUCUUUGAGACAGGGACCAAGGAUCACUUGGCUUUGUACCCCCAUAUCCACCAUACCUAGGACACGAGAAGUGUGCAGAAUUAGCUCUCUUUUGCAGAUGAGGCAACCAAGGCCCAAAGAACUUAAUAAAGGCACAUAGCAAUGAAGCUGAGCCUAGAACUCAAGGUUCUUGUCCUGAUUCAGUGCUAUCUUCGUGCCUCCAUAGUUUGGUAUGUCUCUGCCCUCCCUGGAGCAGGAGAAAAUAAGGAGGCGAAUUUAAGUUAGGACCUUAUCCUGAGUUCCACACAGCCCUUGAGCUCAAUGCCUGAGGCAUCCCUGCUGACUCAACCCCAGGCUAACUGAGAACUAGUCACUGCCACUGCUCUCCUUAGUCCUUAGUUAUUCGACAAAUAUUUACCAAGCAUCUGUGUGCCAUGGGGUUGGGGCUGGGGGGAAGUGAGGCUCCUGACCUCAAGGAGCUUGUAGUACGGCCGAGUAAAGCCCUGGUUAGAGCAGCCAGAGGCCACUCCUGGGGUAGGAAUGCAGGGACAGCGUGGAGGCCAGGUCCAGAGAUGUUUAGAUCCUUCCAAAACAAACUGAUAAAGAAAAAGAGCAAAACAAGGCACUUAGAGUCAUCCCAGCCAAGUACAGACCUGAACUCUGGCUGAUGCAAAACCCCUGAGCCCACAUUUCAGGACACACUUACCCAGCCUCUGAGGGCUGCCCACUUUCUUGCUCAAUGAGAACUCAUUUCCUUUUUGAUGCCGACCACUUACUUUAUAGUAAAGAGCCUCCUCACACCAGGGCAGUGGGUGAAUCCUCAAAGGGUUCGCCAAGAGUAGGUUGUCAUGUUAAUGAUCCAAAAGGCUCAGCCAUGAGAAGCUAGUGGUUACUGGAGAAAUGCCUCUCCUUCUUCCCUCCUGGGCAAGACUAUGGAGGAGGAAGGUAGUCCCUCCCUGAUGGAAGCCACAGAAAGUUCAGCUCGGGCAGUUAAGACUUGCUGACAGAGGGAAGUGGAGAAGAAAACUAAUACAUGUUGGGCAAACAUGCUGAGCAGGGAGGGAGCUUUAUCUGUUCUCACUGAACCUCGAUGCCAGCCUUGAGAGGGUCUUUUUAUGGUCCAGAAAGGGGCAUAAAUCCUCCCACCCCACAUCUAAUGGUUACAAC